UGCUCAACACGCUUGCCACUGACACGGAACAUUUUAGCGAUUACUACCAAACCUGAAUGUCACGCAACGUUGUACUGUGCCCAGUGUUUAGUGAUUUUUGAUCCAGAUAAAAGGUGGCAUAUGUUUUCCGGUUCAGUUGAUCGUAGUUCGCACGUGUAAUCAAUUAUUGUGUGUACCAGGCGCAGCCACAAACCGUUGUAGAAUAUUUCCAAAAUGGGUUCCAAGGCACUUCAUGCGGGUGUUUCGCAUUCAGCUAGUGGCGUUAGAUUUGUUGUCAUUCUUUGUUUCACCGGCCUGUUGGGAGUUGCAAUGGCUUGUAACGGUGGCUACAAGAUACGCAUGAAAAAGAUUGAAAACUGUGCCGGUGCGGAUGCAAUUAUUACUGCCGAUGAAAAUUUCACCGUCGUGUUGACGAAAAAUUGUGAUAUCAAAUCGCGAGGCUGCGUACGAUUUAAGGACUUCAAGACGGGCAAUGCAAAGUACACGAUUUCCAAGGACGGUGUACAGGUGCUGCAGGGUUCGACCGACAUCUGCGAUCAGGCGUCCCGGCCAAGGCGUACGGAAAACAUUGCCGAGCUGUUACGCAGUUUGGGCGUACCGGAGAAGUGUCCGAUUGAUGCGGGUCAAAUUUGUACCGAACCCAGUCAAGUGGUAAACAUUAAUCGCUUCAAACAAUAUCUUCCCCUUGCACGGGGUGCUAUUGCCGUAGAUGUUUCCGUUCAGCAUGAUUCGGGUAAAAGUUGCUUCAAGAUUCGCUUCGACAUAACCAAGUAGGACGACAGGAAUGACAUCGAUCUAUGUGGCACAUGUUAGAGACCAAUCAAAUUAAUUGUUUUUCUUUAAAUAAUAAAAAUAUGUUAUACAAUUGUUUACGUUGCAAUCGGAA